CUCUCUCGGUGUCACACCGUAAAUAUUCCGUCUACUAUGAUUUCUUUUAUUUUGUUUUCAUUAGACCAUUGUCUUUUAUUUUAUUUUUCAAAAACUAAUAAUCAACAUAUUUUAGCUUUAUGUUUUUGAUCAGUAGAGUUUGAUAUUUUUAACUGCCUAUUUGAGACUAUCUUUUCUUUUGGUUAAGGUGUCUGUGGGCGUGCGCCGGAUGCCCUAUCUUGUAGAGCUGGCUUCGGUUUUUUUCUCUCUCGUUAGGGGUGGUGGCCGCUGUUUUGCUCCGUAACUCAUAGAGCUACUCACGAAAGCAUGGGAAUGUUGCUAGGGAAUUUCUGAGUUAAGUUGACCUAAAGUCCGAGUUGAGUCGUCGCAACUUUAUUUAACAACGAGCCGUUCUCCCUUUAGGAAGUUUUGCGUUAGCACGGUCGGCUAUUAGCAAAAGACUGUUGGGUAGUUUCACUUGAGAGGAGUUGCGGACAAAGGAAAAGCGACUCGAGCUAACGUUAACUGGCUCUGAGCUAACUUAGCAUUCCUGUAGCUCCGGCGCAAUGCAGGCCAUAAAGUGUGUCGUUGUUGGAGACGGUGCUGUGGGUAAGACAUGUCUACUCAUCAGCUACACCACCAAUGCCUUUCCAGGAGAGUAUAUCCCCACAGUGUUUGACAACUACUCUGCUAACGUUAUGGUGGAUGGAAAGCCAGUGAACCUGGGCCUUUGGGAUACAGCAGGACAAGAAGAUUAUGACAGACUCCGCCCACUUUCUUACCCACAGACGGAUGUGUUCCUCAUCUGCUUUUCACUUGUGAGUCCAGCCUCAUUUGAAAACGUCCGUGCCAAGUGGUAUCCCGAGGUGAGACACCACUGUCCCAACACUCCCAUCAUCCUGGUGGGAACUAAGUUGGAUCUAAGAGAUGACAAGGAAACCACUGAGAAACUGAAGGAGAAGAAACUCUCUCCUAUCACUUAUCCUCAAGGUCUAGCUAUGGCCAAAGAGAUCGGUUCUGUCAAGUACCUGGAGUGCUCUGCCCUGACUCAGCGUGGCCUUAAAACAGUCUUCGAUGAGGCUAUUCGGGCCGUCCUGUGCCCUCCACCUGCAAAGAAGAAGAGCAAGAAGUGUUCUCUCCUCUGAGACGUCCUGCAGCACAGCAGUUUAUAGGGGGGUGUGACUCCUAGUGGGGAGGGCGCCUGCAUUCACAGGAGAAACACACUAGUAUGUAAAAACAAUGUGCUUCAGAUUCUUUCCUUCCAUAAGUGUAAUUACAGCUGUUUUGAUGAAAAAAAAUCAACCUAGAUGUAGGACAGGGGUUUGGACUAAAGUGAACCCUUGAUAUUGUAUACUGUACAGACAAAGCUAUGAAUUUCUCGAGGCCUUCUAAAACAGAUUGGAUGUUUUGUAAAAAAGACAGACAGUAGAAUGUCUUCAUUAUAUUCUCCCACUGGUUAUCCACCUUUUUCGUUUACAAUCUUUGUUUCAAGUGGAAGAAAUGUUGCCAAAUACAUUCUGCACACUGUAUUUCAAGCAAAAAAAAAGGAGAACCAGCGAUUUGUUGUGAGUUUUUAAGGAUCGACCUGACAGUUUUCUGUUUCCCAGCUCUUCGAUCGAUGGCGUUUUUGAGUCACAGCUUCAGUCUGUGAAAGCAGUUAUGUCGUCCCACUGUAAACAAAGAUAAAUAACCAUCUUCUCAUCUCAAAUUAUCCUCCAAACACUUCAAUCCUAAUGGCAGUAGCUGUUCGGUCCAAGAAAAAAAUGUCUGGAACACUGAGCAGAUUUUUGACAGUGCAAUCAAUUCCAGUAUUUCCUGCUUUCAUUCAAUUGGACGUACCAAAAGUAUUCCCAUUUUCGCUGGCCUUCCUGAGAUUUUUCAGCUGUUAAGAUGAUUAAUGACAUGAUUCUAAAUCAGAACAGAAAUGUUCAGAUGUUGUGAUGGGGGAGUAAGAGCACAUUUAACACUCUAAGGGCAUUUAUCAAUUUUUUUUUGCAGCACAUUGAUUUUUUUUUGUAAGCAUCACUACUGGCUACGCAACAUCACUAAGAGGAGCAUUUAUGUCUGCCAAUAACGGUAACCAAGUUACUGUCAGUUCAGUGUAGUAAAGUAAAGCGUGUACUCAUCUUUUUGUUAUAAUCUUGAUUUGAUUCUUUUAUCCUUCUUCACAGACGUUACACAUCCUCACUGUACCGUUUCACUAACACUAUGAAUAUCUUUUUUUUUACCUCUACAUUUAACGCUACCUUAAUCUUCCUACAAGCCUAGCUUUUUGUAAUUAAUGCUUAUAGCAUGUCUGUGCAUCAUAUACUGAAAACUAAAAUUAGAACUGCUAGUUAUAUAUUUUUGCCUAUUUACAAAAUGUAUUUGAACUACUAGAUCAGGGGUAAAGUACAUGUUGCUCAUCGGUAUUGUAGCCAGAUAUCAAACUGUGCUUUUAUUCAAGCCAAUGUUGUGACGUUUUAGUUUUAUGCAAUAAAAAGCUAUUGUCACUUUUUGAAGAAGCCAAUAAAGUAAAUAAAACAUUUUUUGCCCACUGG